ACACGGCCUGAUGUGGGUCUCAAACCCAUGAACCAUGAGAUCAUGACCUGAGCAGAAAUCAAGAGUCAGACACUCAAAUGACUGAGCCACCCAGGCACGCCAUGUUGUCUAUCUUUUCUUAACAGUCUUCAGCAAGAAGUUUAGUUUGACUUACUUAGUCUGCCAGUACAGAAGGUGUAAUUCCCCUGGUGAGGCCUGAGGCUCAUGCCAUUGCACAGAAAUGGGAACCUCCCCAUGGUCUACUUUCAGGGAUUUCAGGGUGGCCUGGAGACCCAGGCUCUGCUCUUUGCUGUUUUCCUGAACCUGUACAUGGUAAUUGUGAUGGGGAACCUCACUAUUAUCAUGGUCAUCACCUUGGAUGCCCGCCUGCACUCUUCUUCCUCAUCUGUCAUUGCCCCCAGUGCCCCGGCCAACUUCUUCUCCCCACCCAAGGUCAUCACCUGCUGUGCCACCCAGUUAUUCUUCAUCUCCUUACUGGUCACCACUGAAGGCUUCCUCCUGGGCGUCAUGGCCCGUGACCAUUUCAUGGCCGUCUGCAGCCCCCUGUGCUACCCCAUCACCAUGUGCCACUCUGCCUACACUCACCUGGUGCUGGGCACCUACUGUGGAGGCUGCCUCAACUCUGUUGUGCAGACCAGCCUCACAUUCCGCCUCCCAUUCUGCAGCUCCAACUGCAUCAACCACGUCUUUUGUGACGUGUCCCCUCCGCUCCAGCUCGCCUGUGGCAGCACAGCCAUCAACGAACUUCUCUUGUUUGACAUCUGUGGGCUCAUCAUUGUGGGUGUGACAUUUGUAGUCCUCAUCUCCUAUGGCUACAUCACAGUGACCAUCCUGAGGAUGCGCUCAGGAGCUGGGAGACGCAAGGUCUUCUCCACCUGUGGCUCCCGCGUGACUGUAGUGACUCUCUUUGUUGGGACUGUCUUUGUCAUGUAUGCCCAGCCAGGAGCCAUUGAGUCCAUGGAGCAGGGCAAGGUGGUCUCUGUCUUCUACACGUUGGUCAUCCCAAUGCUCAAUCCUCUCAUCUACAGUCUUCGAAACAAGGAUGUGAAGGAGGCCCUGUGGAGGCUGGGCCAGAGACACAUGGUCACAUGAAGGAUGUGCUGG